AGAGCGUACUGUAAUUGUAUCCCGUAUUAGGAUUGUAUAAUUUCUACAUCCAAACAGUUGCUAAGUACUUCAACCUAGGAUGAAGAUUAAAGCGUCUUUUGAGUACCAAGAAGGAACAGGGAAGAGUGAACUUCACUGAUACAAAGAUGCGACCUCCUUCAAUCCACAGUAGUUUCUUCUCCUCUCUUAAGCAGGUUGAGAAGAGAUUGAAAUCGGAAGAUUCAUCGCAGUUAACAACUCACUGCUCUUCAUCAUCAACAGAUCAUCUGGGUUCCCCCAUUUUUCUCAACUACGAUCAUACCAACAACAGCUCGAGCCUCCAAGACAGCGAUCCCCCUCAAGAUUUUCUCUCGCAUUCCAUUGAUUUCCCCCCGACCCAGGAAGACCCAACUCAACUGGACAUUGAACAACACAAUGAGACCGUCAAUGAGGCUGAAGACAACAAGGACGAUAUCGAGCAGUUAAUCGAACUCCUGGGUUUGUCAGAGUUGAAAUUGGAAGAAGACGAUGAAAAAGAAGGAAGAGAGAAGAGAUUAAUCAAUGGAACUUCUGGGUCAUGCUUUUGUGAUGGUGGGUUUUAUUCAAAGAUUGCUGGGGUGAAUGGACCCAAAUGUGAGAAAGAAAUGGAGAGAUUGAAUGGAUGGAUUAAGUACUUGUUAAAUGAUGGUGAGGAGGGCAGGAGCGAACCAUUGAGUUUGGUUUACUUGCUUCUGGGCAGAGCUGCUUGUGCUGAUGGUCUUGAAGGGCUUGAAUUCCCUUCAACUAUAGAAGAGUUUCUGCAGAAUGAUCCCCCCAAGUAAAGAGAGAGAGAGAGAGAGAGAGAGAGGGAUUCUCCGGAUUACUAUGUAAUUUUUAUGAAAAUUAUUGACUCUUAGCAAUUCUUCAUUGUAAGUUAUUACUAUCAAAAUAUUUGGGUUUGCUCA